CCAAUCAAAUAUUACUAUUUUUAAAGCACUUCAAAGAAUCAAAAUGAUCUUCUCAAUCCUGUAUCUACAGAGCAUUUGUUAGAUAAGUAUUAGCAUUGCCAAACAUAACGAGAAAAAAUGGAUAGCGUUUUACAAGUCAAAAGCUUUACAGUUGGAUGCUUAAUAAAAAUCCGGGGCGGAAUGGUGGUCAAACUUCCCAACAAAGGGUAAAUUUAUUGUCUUCUUCAACUCCUGUCUUCAUCAAUGGGCCCCUAUAAACUCCAUCAAAUUAUUACUUAAUAAUCAAAACUUUCAUUUAAUUAUUACUAUACCAAUUUACUUCCAAUAAAAUAGUAUUACUCCAAAGGUUGCAAAUUCCCAUUUCCCCCCUUCUUCCACACCGAAUCAAAAUCCACCCAACUUUUUACUGAAAUCUUCAAAUCGAAUAUUAUCUCGUUGAAGCCAUCAAUAGAAAUGGAGUAUUAGCAUUCGGAAAACCAUCACUCCCUUGCAUCAGUUAUGAUUGAAUUUUUUACCAAUUAAUCAAAAGUCCCAUGACUCCAUCAAUCUUCGAUUCCUGCCUCAAUUUCCGAAAAAUCGUCGAUUUUUCGUGAUCGAAUUCUGUUAUGUGCAGAACGAAAAUGGCGAUAAGAGCUUCAGACCCGGCCCGAAACCCUAAAGCAGGCUCCAAAACGCCGAGAAGAGGUGUUUCCCAAUCGGAGGCGGACAAACCCUCCUCUUCUUCCUCUUUAACGACGUCGAGAGCGCCGCAAACCAACCUCUCCAGUCAAUUCCCCCGCGGCGGCUACUCCUCGUCUUCCUCCGCCGGCGGUAUCGGCGCUGGUUCAUCCUCCUCCUACCUCCUCGAUAGCUCCGUCGCCACCGCAUCCCUCUCCAGCCGUGCCUCUCUCUCCAGCCUCCGCGACAACCUGCCGGAAAGCACUCAGGUCUAUGAUUUCUCCGAAAUCCGCGCCGCCACCAACAAUUUCCUGGCGAAACGGCACUCCUCCACCUCCUCCUCGUCGCAGUCGUGGCGCUGCGUCCUCAGCGGCAAGGAUGUCGUCGUUUUCCAGCGGAAGCUCCGCAAAUCCACGACGAGCGCCGCCGUCAUGCAGAAACUGUCGGUGAUCAGUAAAGGACAUUUCACCAGCAUCGUUAAACUCGUCGGAAUUUCAAUUUCCGGCGAGCACAUUUACCUCGUGUACGAAUACGUGCAGGGAUUGGACUUAGGGUUAUGUCUCCGCAGCAAAAUCGACCCCAAUUUCACGGUUCUCUCGACGUGGACGUCGCGGAUGCAGAUCGCGACGGACGUGGCGUACGGCCUCGAUUACAUCCACAACACCGCCGGAUUGAGCGUUGAUAUGGUGCACAAGCACGUCAAGAGCAGCGGCAUUAUCGUGACGGAGCCGUCGUUCAACGGGAAGAUCUGCCACUUCGGCGCCGCGGAGCUCUGCGGCGAGACGGGGGAGGAGGGGCGGCAGGCUGCGGCCGCGGGGGAGAGGCAGUUCGAGGGGGUGAGGGGCUACAUGUCGCCGGAAUUUAAGGCUACGGGGGUGGCCACGCAGAAGUCCGACGUCUACGCCUUCGGAGUUGUGAUUCUCGAGCUGAUGACGGGGCAGGAGCCGCUGAAGUACGUGUUCGACCAGAGCAGCGGGGGUCACCGGCUGAUUUCGGUGAUCGAGACGGCUAAGGAGGCGGUGGAGGGCGGCGGCGAGGGGGCGGUGGAGGGGAGGUUGAGGAGGUGGAUAGAUAAGAGGCUCAAGGACUCGUUUCCCGUAGAAGUAGCGGAGAAGCUGACACGUGUCGCCUUGCAGUGCGUGCAGGAUGACCCGGAUAGGCGACCCGAAAUGAAAUGGGUUUCCGGUAAGAUUUCGAAGCUCUAUUUGGAGUCUCGGGUAUGGUCCGACAGGGUUCGGGUUCCAACGGAGAUUUCAGUCUCGUUUGCUCCUAGGUAGCCCUUCCAUGAUUCAUUAAUGGUUUUUAUUUUUUCAACAUAAUUUUGAUAAUCCCGAAUUUCAUAAGAUUUUUUGUACCACAAUUUAAUGUUCCAUAAUUUUAAUUAGAGUAAAAUUUAUUAAUUCUCUUUCUUAAUUAAUAUUGUCAUAUCAGUGAUAAACACAUUAUGUUUGCCC